AGGAUGAGCUAAAAGGAGAUUUUCAGAAGCAGAAAUCAGUUAGCAUACCAGAAAACAUAAGAGAUCUACAUAGGAAAAUAUUGGAUUCAUGGAAGAAAGCAGUCUUUUUUGAAACCUCCUCAUAUGGAAACAUGAAAGAAUUUUUUUUAUCCAAUCAAGUUGUGGUUGUGGUUGGGCCUCCUGGGUCUGGAAAAACCGCUUUGAUCCGCCACAUCGCUUUACAGCUGGAGUCCGAGUAUCAGAUUGUUCCAAUCUCCAAACCUGAGGAAAUUAUCAACUACGGCGAUUUAAACAGACCACAAAUAUUUGUCAUAGAUGAUGUAUUAGGUGUUUUUACCUUAGAAAGAAAUUUGUUGUCAGAUUUAGAAAGACAUAGUAAACAAAUUGAAGAUGUUCUUAAUAGAAAAUCAAAAUUUCUCAUGUCCUGUAGAUUGGCAGUAUACAAUGAGGCAAAGGUAUUAGAUGUAGUGUUUCUUGAAAUUGAUAAAAUCCUUAAUUUGAAUGAAAAGAAUGUUCUUACUUCUGAAGAUCAAAAAGGUAUAUUUGAAUCUCAUAUGAACAAUGCAAGGAUUUCAUGUGAAAUAGAUUUAAAACUUUUGCACAGAAAGGACGUCUUCAUGUUUCCACUUCUUUGUCAAAUGUUCAGCAGUGACGAAAACGUCAGGAAAUACGGUAAACAGUUUUUUACCCGUCCUUCCGAGUGUUGGCAAUCAGAAAUAAAUAAGAUUCAGAAGAGAAAUAAAAUACAAUAUUUAUCAAUUGUUCUCUGCAUGCUAAACAAUAAUUGCCUAUCUGAAGAAAUGCUUAGUAAAAGCAAAAUGUUCCAAGAAGUAUGCAGAGCUUGCAAAGUUAAGGAAAACACUGAAAAUUGGGAAAUAUUCAAGGAAUUGUCACACUUAAUAGACACCUACAUUACAAAAGAUGAUGAAAAAUAUACAUUUAUCCAUGAUUCAAUAUUUGAAGUUGUUGCAUAUCAAUAUGGACAGCAAUUUCCUGAUCAAAUUUUGGACUAUAUGAACAGUAAUUUUAUUGCAAACAAAGUUGUUUUGGACACCAAAGAAAAUACAUGUAAUGACGCAAAAUGCAUAAGAUUGAAUAAGUUUCAAUAUGAAAAACUUGCAAAAAGAUUGUAUGCUGAUGUUAAGGCUGGAAAGCUACACGACGUUUUUUUAAAUAAAGCAUUGAGGGACUGUGUCUUUAAACAAAAGUUCAUGGACAUUUUGAAAGGAGUGCCAUGUAAAGAUGUCAAAAGAGAAUUUUUAUUACCUAGAAAAGAAAGUUUCGAUAAUGUAGUUUUUGACUCACAGAAAGAAAGUGAAAAACAAAUCGACGAAACAAAAGGACAGAGAGAGUCUGAAAGACAAAAUCUUCUGCUCGGUCUAAAAUGCAUUGACCAAAAGAAAAUCUAUGAAAUACGUGCUCUUAGUUUCAUAAUCUAUUACGGGCACCUCGAUUUGCUUAAUUAUUUUAUAAAAUUGGUGAAAAAAUGUCAGACAUUAGAUAUCAUUUUUGGAACUACACCCGAAGAACAUGUAAGACUUCUUGUAUUGGCGUGUUUCAAUGGAAAUUUAGAUAUGGUGAAAAUUAUGGUGGAAUAUAUUGGAAAGGAAAAUAUCAAUUCAAUGCCUGUAGGAGAUAUCAAACCAUCGCACAAUAAACAUCGAUACAUUACUCCAGUGAUUGCUGCUUGCUUGAGAGAGAAAUAUGACGUUGUAAAAUACUUAGUUGAUAAUGGAGCAGAUUUAAAUCCUCAAAAAAGUUAUUAUCCUGCUUUAUGGACACCAGCUAGAACCGGGGAUCUCAGAAAAGUAAUGGAGUUACUCAAAUUUGGUGCUGAUUGUAACAAAUGCAGUGGAAGGGAGAUUUCUCCUUUGUAUAUGGCAUCAAGAUUCGGUCAUUUGGAAGUCGUUAAAAAACUCAUUGAGCAUGGUGCCGACAUUAACAAAUGUGAUAUAAAAGGUUGGUCAUCCUUGCAUAUAGCAUCGCUAUAUGGUCAUUCAUUUGUUUUAGAAACAUUAAUCCAUAAGGGUGCUGAGUGCGAUCGAUGCGAUAAAAAUAAAGUAACUCCUUUACAUAGAGCGUCUUUAGAAGGUCAUGUUCCUGUUGUAGAAAUUUUAUUGAAAAAUGGUGCCGACAGCAACAAGUGUGAAAUUCAUGGUUCAUCGUCUUUGCAUCUAGCUUCAUUAAAUGGUCAUUUGUCUGUUGUAGAGACAUUACUACUGCACGGUGCUGAGUGUGAUAGAUGCGAUGAAGAAAAUCUAACACCCCUACAUUUUGCUUCAUUUAGAGGAUUUGUUCUUGUUGUAGAAAAAUUAGUAGAACAUGGUGCUGACGUCAACAAGUGUAACAAUAAUGGUCGGUCUUCUCUGCAUUUAGCUUCACAAAAUGGUCAAUUGUCAGUCGUAGAAAAAUUAAUUUCCCACGGUGCUAAAUGUGGCCAGUGCGAUAUAAAUAAAUCAACUCCUUUGCAUUUUGCAUCCGAGGAAGGCCAUCUUCCUGUUGUAGAAAAACUGAUUGAACAUUGUGCUGAUGUCAAAGUAUGUAACAUUCACGGUCAGUCUUCUCUGCAUUUAGCAUCAAAACGUGGUCAUUUGCAUGUAGUAAAAACAUUAAUUAGACACGGUGCUAAAUGUGACCAAUACGAUAUAAAUAAAUCAACGCCUUUGCAUUUUGCAUCCGAGGAAGGCCAUCUUCAUGUUGUAGAAAAACUGAUUGCACAUUGUGCUGAUGUCAAAGUGUGUAAUAUUCACGGUCAGUCGCCUCUGCAUUUAGCAUCAAAACGUGGUCAGUUGCAUGUAGUAGAAACAUUAAUUCGACAUGGUGCUGAAUGUGAUCAAUGCGAUAACAAUAAUUUAACUCCUCUACAUAAAGCGUGUUUUGGGGGUCAUUCUCUCGUGGUAGAAAAAAUUAUUGAAAGUGGAGUCGACAUCAACAAGAGUGAUAAUAAAGGUUCAUCACCUCUUCUUUUAGCCAUAUGGGAGGGCCAUCUUCCAGUUGUAGAAAAGCUUAUUGAACUCGGUGCAGACAUCAACACCUGUUAUAUAAAUCGUUGGACACCUCUCCUUUUAGCAUCAUGGGAAGGCCAUGAUUUAAUUGUAGAAAAAUUACUGGGAAGCGAUGCGGAUGUCAACAAGUGUAAUAAUUAUGGUUGGUCACCCCUACUUUUAUCGUCAUGGAAAGGUCAUUUAUCAGUUGUAGACAUACUUAUAAUGCACGGUGCCGACAUCAACAACGUCUACAUCAAUGGUUGGUCACCUCUAUCUUUAGCGUCUUGGGAAGGCCAUCUUUCAGUUGUAGAAAAACUCAUUGAGCAAGGAGCUGACAUCAACAAAUGUGAUGUCAAUAGUAAGUCAUCAAAGAAUUCAAAGAAUAAUCAGACAGCUGUUGUUGAAACAAAUAUUAAAGAACCUUCAAUGAGCCAUGCUCCGAUUGUAGAAAUAAUGAGUGAAAGCGGUACCGACAUUAACCAGUGUGAUUAUAAUGGUUCAUCACCUUUACUUUUAGCGAUAUGGAAAGGGCAUCUGUCAGUUGUGGAAAAGCUUGUUGAACAGGGUGCAAACAUAAAUAGGUGUUAUAAAAAUGGUUGGUCACCUUUACUUUUGUCGUCAUGGAAAGGCCAAUUUCAAGUUGUAGAAAAACUGUUGAUGCAUGGUGCUGACAGCAAUAACUGUUAUAUUAAUGGCUGGUCUCCUUUAUCUUUAGCAUCGUGGGAGGGUCAUCUCUCGGUUGUAGAAAAACUUAUUGAGUAAGGUGCUGAUGUGAACAAAUGUGAUGCUAAUGGUCAGUUACCUCUGCAUUUAGCGGCAAAGAAUUGUCAUUUUUCUGUGGUGAAAACAUAGACUCUGCAUUUGUUUGAUAAACUUAACUGAUAAAAAAAAAACAAAGAAAACAUCUUUAGAAAAUGGAUUCGAACUUAUGAUUAUUUACAACAAGAUUGCAAAUCAAUUGUAAGAGACUAGUCUUUCGGUAUUUCCUUAUCUUCAUCAAGUAACCAUAGUCGAGUUUUCAUGAAGAACGCGAUUUUAAAAUCACUUACCGGGUAAAGCUUGCACAUAUAAUCAUAGCGUGUCACUUUUAAGAUUAUAAAAUUGUAAAUAAAUGGCUUGCUGCAAAACGUUUUCGUAGGAAUAAUAGGUGAGGACAACAUGGUUCUUUAUAAUGAAGAGAAAGAAAUUGUCAUGAACUCACUAGCAUAUGAUUACUCUUCAGAAAUUUAACAACCUCAAAGGAAGAGAUGGGAAUUAAUGUUUAUUUAUUUUGUUUUGUUGUUUUGAAGUUACAAUGUACGAUGACUUUUCCAAAACAUUCGCAAACAAGGGCAUGUUUAAGAAAAAUCUCAAAUGUUUGUUUUUUUUCAAUUUAAUGAGAGUCUUGUUUAAAUAUUUUUUCUUCUUCUAUUAAUACUUGAGUAAUUUUUUUUCGUAUGUUCUAUGAUAAAAAAUUUGGUUUUACCAUUUUUAUUUAAUUUUGCUUUUUCUUGUAUGUGUCCGUAUUGCUAUGUUCUUUUUAUUAUUGUUUUUUUUGUUUUGUUUAAUUACUAUCUUGUACAUUAAUUUUAGAGUAAAUUUAUUGUUGAGCGCCUUUUUUUCAUUAUAUUACAGGGAGCUCUACAAAUGUUUUAUUUAUCAUUAUUUAGUACAUAGUCAAUUUCAUACAACAACUUGGAUUAUAUAAGUGUCUUGAUACAAAGACUGAAUAUAUAUACUAUCGGAUUCAAUGGUCUUGAGUCUAUUGCAGUCAUAAUACAGUGGCUGAGAUAAUAUAGGUGUCUUAAUUAAACAAUUUCAACUAUUGAUGUCUUGAUGUAGCGGUUAAGAAAAACAUAUGUAACGACACUUUUCCUAGGAAUAUUAGAAGUAUAUGCCAUGAAGCAUGUAUUUUUUUUAAUACUUAAUGAAAUUCAACUGACUGAGUAAUAUAAUAUUUAUUGUUUUUUAUUUGCUUUUUAAUAUUGGAAAUAUAAUUGUAUCUAGAUUUUUAUACUGUUGAAAGGAAAUGUCUUUUUAUAUAAAUAUACUCGAAUUUA